AUGUCCACCUAUUCAUCUUCGGAGUCAGAUCCACCGCCGUCCUACUACUCUGGAGACUCUGGCUCUACCGUCAUUCCGACUCUCUAUGAUGAUACCCAUCGUGGCGUGUCGGCGUUCGACUACUCUAUCAUGAGUAUGGGGAACCGCGCGAACCUCAUAGGGUAUCUUGAACACCACGACCCCACCAGCGAUGGUAGCUUCUCCAUCUGUAUCGCUGGUGGCAAUGGUGCUUGCGUGAGCAAGAGGUUGUACGAGUCCAUCCCAGCUCAGCAUCGCCCUCUCCUGAACACACAAGACAACUCGCCAGUCACGUUCCUCACGGGCAGUUCGCAAACCGCACUUGGAAGCACAAUCAUGCCAGUUAUCCUCACGAACAAGCGGACCGGAAAAAAGUUCAGGGUCAAGAUCUACGCGUUGGUGUUGGAGAACUUGCUGAUGGGGAUGUUCAUUGGUGGCCCGGGAGGGGCUGGCCCCUUCAAGAGCAUGGCAUGGGGCGGGGGAGUCGUGACACAUGGGCUCGAGGUGGGACCAGAUCAGGAGGUUGUGGAAGUUGCGGGGUGCUGA